CUCUCUCUCUCUCUCUCUCUCUCUCUCUCUCUUAUUAGUUGCAGAUGUGAAGUAAUGGCGUAUUUUGAAUCAGUAAUGAACCUUGGGGGUGAUGGGCAUGGCAAGGUAGUUCCGAUAACGGUGUUCGUGGCAGUUCUGUGUCUGUGUUUGGUGAUUGGUCACUUGUUCGAAGAAAAUCGAUGGGUUAACGAAUCCAUUACUGCUAUUUUCAUCGGAUGCAUUACUGGAGUAAUAAUCUUGUUAAUAAGCAAGGGGAAAAGUUCUCACAUCCUAAGAUUCGAUGAAGAACUGUUCUUCAUAUAUCUCCUUCCGCCUAUAAUAUUUAAUGCUGGAUUUCAGGUCAAGAAGAAACAGUUCUUCCAAAACUUCUUAACCAUCCUGCUGUUUGGAGUUGUUGGUGUUUUCAUAUCAACACUCAUUAUCACAGCUGGCAGCUGGUGGAUGUUCCCUAAGAUUGGGUUUGUUGGGUUGACUCCUCGUGACUAUCUCGCAAUAGGAACGAUAUUUUCCUCAACAGAUACAGUGUGCACACUGCAGGUUCUACAUCAAGAUGAGUCUCCUUUGCUGUACAGUCUAGUGUUUGGGGAAGGAGUAGUGAAUGAUGCAACAUCAGUUGUUCUCUUUAAUGCAGUUGGAAAGAUCGAUGUCAAUAGACUUGAUGGCUGGGCAGCUGCUCAUGUCCUUGUAGAUUUCUUGUACCUAUUCUCCACAAGCACUGUUCUUGGAGUUGCUACUGGGCUUUCAACAGCAUACAUUCUCAAAGGCUUGAAUUUUGGGAAACAUUCAAGUGUUCGUGAAAUUGCUUUAAUGACGUUAAUGGCAUAUCUAUCCUACAUGUUGGCUGAGCUGUUACAGCUCAGUGGAAUUCUCACUGUCUUCUUUUGUGGGAUUCUAAUGUCUCAUUAUGCAUGGCACAAUGUGACUGAGAGUUCAAGAAUUACAUCCAGGCAUGCAUUUGCCACAAUGUCUUUUAUUGCAGAAACUUUCAUAUUUCUUUAUGUGGGAAUGGAUGCUCUAGACAUUGAAAAAUGGAGGACGAGCAAGUUGAGUUUUGGGACUUCAUUGGGCAUAUAUGCUUCUACAAUCUUUCUCAUUUGCCUUGGGCGUGCGGCUUUUGUGUUUCCUCUCUCUGCUUUUUCCAAUUACAUGAACCGAAAUGCUGACAGAUCAUCAUCAAUCACGUUCAAACACCAGAUAGUAAUAUGGUGGGCUGGGCUGAUGAGAGGGGCUGUCUCUAUUGCUUUGGCAUUCAAACAGUUCACAUACUCUGGUGUUACAUGGGACCCGCUUAAUGCAACAAUGGUUACCACCACGAUUAUUGUUGUUCUCUUCAGCACAAUCGUUUUUGGUUUCCUCACAAAGCCACUCAUAAACUAUUUGCUUCCCCAUUGUUCCCAUAGCCAGGAACCAAGGUCCCCCAAAGAGGAUCUGACCCUUCCUUUUGUUUCCUUCGAAGAAUCUACCGCAACCAAUAUUAUCCGUGCAAAGGAUAGUUUGUCAAUGCUAAUGGAAAGACCUGUGUUCACCAUUCAUUACUACUGGAGGAUGUUUGAUGAUAAUUACAUGCGACCAAUAUUUGGCAGGCCACGUGCUGACCAGUCUUAUGUUGUGUGAUCAACUCCAGGAAAACAAGGUUGAACAGUACUGCAAAUUAUCUCGGGUCAAAUCACAGUAAACUAUGUAACUCUUGAUGUUGGUAACAAUAAGGUUAACUCAAAAUGUGUUGCGUCUAGAUUAUAUGUAACUCUGAUGUUGGGAAUGGCUCGGUUGGUUAAUUUAAUUUAAAUGUGACGCGGAUACUCUGAUGUAACUCUGGUGUUAUGUGGCUUCUUCUAGCUGUUGACAAAACUGUCAACUCAUCCAGCUGCAGUUGGAGGCAGCAGGGUGUAGUAUUGCUUAGUUGAGAUGUCGUGUUAAAUUUUUGUAAAUUUUAGAGGUAAAAAGCUGAACGCAGAUCAGAUUGUCCCCAGCUCUUUUCUUGUAGUAAAUUUGCUUAUCGUUGUUGGCUGUGAAAUUGCAAUUGAGAAGUGAAAUCAUCUUCUAUAGAAGAAUAGAAUGCUUUUACUGAAUGCUCCUCAAGUUAAAUGUGUUCGUUUUUACAAACAGAACACCAAAGCACCAAUAGGAAACAACUGGAGUUGAGUU